AUGGCGGCAGUAUCAAAUGCUCUGGUUGUGUUGAUUGUCACAAUAAUAAGUUUUUCGGUGUUAAUUUUUAAGGUGGAUGGUGCCAAUUUCACAAUAGAUUAUGACAAGAACACAUUCCUGAAGGAUGGGAAGCCAUUCCGGUAUGUGUCAGGGAGUAUCCACUACAGUCGUAUCCCACAAUAUUACUGGAAAGACAGACUCCUUAAGAUGUAUGCCGCUGGACUAAAUGCCAUUCAACUGUAUGUGCCUUGGAAUAUUCACCAACCUGAGAAAGAUGUGUAUGAUUUUACAGGACAACAGGAUUUGGUUGCCUUCUUACAGACUGCACAAGAUGUUGGCCUACUGGUCGUAAUGAGGGCAGGACCUUAUAUUUGUGGCGAGUGGGACUUUGGCGGCAUUCCAGCAUGGAUACUUAAAGAGGAUCCUAAAACUAUAUUUAGAACUAUGGAUUCAACAUAUAUAAAAUAUGUUGACCAAUGGAUGGAUGUUCUGUUACCAAAGCUGAAACCCCUUCUGUAUAAUAAUGGUGGUCCAGUGAUCAUGGUCCAAAUAGAAAAUGAGUAUGGGAGUUACUUUGCCUGUGAUAGAAACUACACCACACAUCUCCGUGACAGGGCCAGGUUUCAUCUAGGAAAGGAUGUUGUGCUAUUUACUACUGAUGGCAAUUCGGAUGGCUUCCUGAAAUGUGGCUACAUUCCUGAAGUUUAUGCCACAGUGGAUUUUGGCGUAUCCUACAAUCCAGCCGGCAGUUUUAAGGCACAGAGAGAUUACGAAGCAAAAGGUCCCUUGGUGAACUCUGAGUUCUACACCGGCUGGCUGGACCACUGGGGACAGAAACACUCCGUGACUGAUACCAAUAAAGUGACCACAAGUCUUGACCUUCUUCUAGCCUAUGGUGCAAACAUCAACAUGUAUAUGUUUGAAGGAGGGACCAAUUUCGGCUUUUGGAAUGGUGCUAACUAUGCCCCAUUUCAGCCUGUCCCGACCAGUUACGACUAUGAUGCUCCACUCACAGAGGCAGGGGACAUAACUGACAAAUACCUUGAACUAAGACAAAUCAUAUCAAAGUAUCUACCUCUGCCUGAUAUGCCGAUACCAUCGUCCACUCCCAAAGCCAAAUAUGGACAAGUUCAGAUGACAUUUGUGUCUACCCUACAAGAUGCUAUUAGCCAGCUGUGUCCCAAAGGUCCCACAAAGUCCCAGUACCCAGUUACCAUGGAGUCUAUAGGCCAGUACCAAGGGUUCGCACUUUACCGUUACGUCCUGAAGAAGAACGUGGUUUCUCAGAAACUGGCUGUCCCAGGGAUCAGAGAUCGAGGUUAUGUCAUGGUUGACAAGGUACCACAGGGAGUCAUUGUCCGUGAAAAAUCAACCAGUCUAAACAUAACAGGGAAGCAGGGAGCAGUACUGGACAUUCUUGUGGAGAAUCAAGGACAUAUCAAUUACGGCAGUGGUAUCAACAAUAACACUAAGGGGAUCAUUCAGAAUGUUACCCUUGAGGGACAGAUACUAGAAGACUGGAUGGUGUAUUCUUUAUCACUGGACAAUCUCAACCCCUCAGACAUCCCCCUGGGAGAUAGUCCAAAGUCUGGAGCAGGACUGAUGACCCCGUCCAUCUACAAGGGUAAACUGACCAUUAGUGGGAAUGCUGAGGAUACUUAUCUGGAUAUGACUGGCUGGACAAAGGGUCAGGCCCUUCUCCAGGGUCAAAUUAACCUUGGUCGUUACUGGCCAAAGGAAGGGCCACAGGUUCGUCUAUUUGUCCCCAAACCAUACUUAAAGUCAGCACCAGACAACAACAUGCUUCUCAUGUUUGAGAUAGAGGGCGCUCCCUGUCAGACUCUAGCGACGUGUAUGGUUGACUUUGUCGACCAGCCUCUCAUCAAUGGCACAAAUUCUGGGUUCUUUUCAGGACAACAAGAGAUCGGAGAGGGCUACUUCUGGCAUAAAGAACAUUAGUCCUCAAAACGUUGUCGUCACUUUCUACAUAUCGUUAGCAUCACUAACAGUUGUGAUAAUUUCUGAACUCCAAAAUGUCUGUAUCAAGAACUUGACCAAGUUAAGAAAUAUUUGAAUUACUGAAACUUAUAUGUGUAUAUCUUUAUGUUUGAUUUAGAAAACUGAAGCUGUCUUGUAAAAUGUAAACAUGUGAUUGUUAAAGGGUGUUGGGUAGACUGUCUUCAGUUUUUUUAGUAGUAAGUGCCAUAUUUUUUUCAUCUUCAUACAAUUCAAGGAAUAAAAUACACAUAUCUAUUCAUCAGGAAAAGAAUUGAUAGCAUACACACUAUAAUUACGUUAAGAAACCAUUAAAAUCCAGGAGUUGUCUGUUUUUACCUUAUACAGAUCUUACAUUGUAGACAAUGUACACAGGCACACCAAAUGCUUUUAUAUUUAUCUUUUCUUAAACCAAACAAUUUCAACUGCUUCAAGAGCUUGAAAGGUAUAUCAUAUACAGAAAAAUGUAUUAAGGGAUCAAAGUUCACACAAUCAUUAAGAAUCACAGUGUCUGGGAUUACUCUGUAUUUCAGCUCUCAAGCUUAUACCGUACUGAUAGAGCGAAACAUAGGAAAAUAACUGGCAGAUCAGGAUGGUUUUUUUUAUGUCAUCCUUUCUCAGCUGAAUACAUAUAAAUUUUUAUUGCAUUCUCAAUGGUUCAUUACGCAUUUAUAGCUAAACUGCAAGUUUUAAGACUGGAAUUUUAUUUCCAUUUACCAUGAGUUAUAUAUAAUCCAGACAGCCACACAGAGGAGAUAUAACAGCUUUUCAUUCUCAAUAAGAAAUA